AAACAACAUGGCCGACAGAAUGGAGGAUUUAAAACUCACUGUAAACCAGGAUUUUGCAAAAAAGCUUCAGAAACAGAAGGAAAAAGCUGAACUUGAUAAUUGUAAGUAGGAAAAAAACUUCUUCGGCGUUCAACAAGUUCAAAAUUCGAGGCUAGUGAGUAGUGAGCACUGCAUGCUGGCUGCCAAAAUUGAGAUCCCUAUCACGUGGUUCUGUUGUCUGUUAUUUGCAGUGAAACAGAAGUUUGGAGACAAAUAUCUUGAUGAGGAAUCUGAAUCAAGCUCUUCCGAAUCAGAGGAUGACGAUGCGAGAGUGAGUGAAAAUAUUAAUACUGGAAAUUGAUAUUAAUAAGCUGAUAACAGCAUUUUGCUGAUACUUUAUACUUGUGCCUUUAAGCUUAUUAAUUUUAUGUUGUGGUUCAAUUUUAUCCUAAACUGCAACUAGUCUCGUAUUUUUCUUUUGAGUCACAGUAGAUCAAGAGCAUGCACAGGGGGAGGGUGGCUUCGCCGUGAGGAACGAGGACGGAAGCCCGAGCAAAGACAAAAUAAGAGACUGUGAAGGGAUAUUUGAUCUGGCAAUUUGCCGCUUUUCAUGCCUCCUGAAUUGACAGUUGCUUCUUCUGAAAAUUUGCACCAUUUCGCAUUCUUUUUCCUGUAAACAAACAGCUGAUCUAUUCGCUGCUGUUUGGUUAGGAACAUUAGUUCAAAAUACAAGAAAACCUCCACAGUCUUCCUUUUUCCACUCUCCGCCCUAAUCUCUCCUCCUUUUUACCAUUUCACUUUUGAGUUUGCCGCUUGUUGCUGCGAGGAAAGAAAGAUGACCGCUCAUGUUCUAAUUUUAUCCUUGGUUUAAUUUUUUCCCUUUGUUUCAAACUCAUUAUCCUACGUUACCAUACCCUAAAACAAAGGGAAAUAAAAUUUAAACUAAAGAUAAAAUUAAACCACAACAUAUAAUUUUAUAUAUGUUGCGGCUCAACUUUAACCUUGGUCCAAAUUUUAUUCUCCUUUGUUUAAAUUUAUUUCCAUCAGUGUCGCCACUUUCAGAUUGUCCAUAAUACACAUUGUUUGCCCCUCCCCCCCCCUCCCGCCUCCAAUUUUGGAUAACCAUUGGUUCCAACUUCUCCUGGGCAUUUUAUUCAUCCCAAACAAAAAAGGUUUAUCGAUGGCGAGGCAAAUUAAGUGGCAAGUUAUAAAUAGUUGAAACAGAGGAAAGUGCAAAUUGAAAUCAAGGAUAAAAUUGAACUGCGACAUACAGGCAUGUGCAUGUACAAUUAUGAUAUAGUCGAAGCUCUUGAUCACCAACAGAUUCUGUUGUUGAUGGCUGCCUUUAACCCUGUUUGAAUUCUCCUCCUACUACAGCCAUUCAUGAAGUAGUUACACCUGUAGCUCCAGUUGUUGACACUGUCUUUAUCUCUUUUUUAAGGGGUAUCCUUUUAAGAAAAGCCUCAGCUUUAUUUAUGAACACUUUCUAUUACUGAUUUUUUCCAGGAGCUUACAUCUCAGAAGGAAAAGGAUUUUCUUACUGUGCUCUCUCUGAUAAAAAAUAGAGAUCCCAAGAUUUAUGAGAAGGAUUCCAAUUUUUACCAUGAAGAAGGUAUGACAACAGAUCAUUCCAUAGUGUAUCUGCUCAUGAACGGGCAUGGUUAGAUAUUGAUCCUUCAUUUCCUAUUAAAGUGAAGGUACAUGUAGUCAAGCAUUUUAAUUUAUAAAUAGUAAAGUUCUCCAUGCGAAGUUCACUAUUAAUUUUGAUACAACUGUACAUAAUGUAAAUAUUGAACUCAUUAUUCUUCCAAAUAUCAUGCCCUUCAGUUUAGCACUCAAAACAGCUAGGCCUUGUUUUUAAAAUAAUAUAGUAUUUUGUGUUCUGCGAUGCUGCAUCACACAGUUAAGCUUGGAAAUUCAAGCAUGCUCUUUUGCAAAACAAAGAACCCUUUUGAAAAAAAAAAGAAAAAUGCACUUUAUUUGAGUGUCAAUGUAUUUAGCACGAAAGUACUAAUUGGGGACACUAUAUUUUACGAAGUUGUAGUAUUGGUCCGGCCCCGGGAAUCGAACCCGUGACCUCCCGCUCUACAGUGAACACGCUCUACCGACUGAGCUAACCCUGUCGCAGUUCAAAUAUGUUUGAAUAUAGAGAUUUAGCUGCUGUAAUACCUCAUGAAAGUGAACACUCAGAAGAAUUGAUAACUCUUUAGUUUGAAUUCUCAUGACAUCAUAUGAACGAGUAGAAGUAGGAUGUGCAGGAUGUUUGUUAUCUUUGGGGUGUGGAAAACAGCCUUUUGAUCUGUUACAAAAAGGUGUCUAUAUUUUUGACAUUAUUGUAUGAUGUUUGAUCCUUUUGGUACCAAAGGAACUGCCUGUAAUGUAAAGAGCUUUUCAUAUUAUCAUCAUCCAUAAAUUAUGGAGUUACACUGUAUUUGUAAGGAGAGACCAAAAUAUUAAAUUAAAGGGGUCAGAGGUAAAAGGGCACAUCUGAUGAACUUACCAAACUUGAAAUUGUUCAAUUGCCAAAUCUUUGCAUACAGACUUACUCUGACAUAAAAUAACAUUCCACAGCAUGCAAAGAAAGUAGUGUCCAAUAGCCCAGGGCUAGAGGAUUUUGCCAUCGGGCUAGUGAUUUUUGUUCUUAACUUGCCUGAGGGGCAAGUGCUGUUUUUUGGGAAAAUUCAAAUUACAGAAGGAUUGCAAUCGAUACUGCUAAUCAAAAAGGGUUUUGUGGCUAGUUGAAAUGACUUGUUGGCUAGUACAUGCUAGCUACAGCUUGCCUGAAUGACAGGCUGUAAAACUGACUUUCUUUGCACCCUGAUUCAGGCAUUUUUUUUUUCUGUACAAUGUAGUUUUGCCCUACAUUCCUGAGAAAUAACAAAAAAAAAUUCCCAAAUUUUGCAGUGCUGUUUUUCCACUGACCCCUACUUGUUACAAUCUUUUAGCAGUAGAAAAAUCUUCAUCAGAGGAGGACAGCAAGGACCAAUCCAAGUCCACUAAGCCAAUGUAUUUGAAAGAUUUUGAAAGGAAAGAGUUGCUAGAGAAAGGAAGGUUUGUGGGAGGAGUUAUAGUACUACCUGUGAUUUAGCUACAAUCAUAUAAGCACGAUAAUGCAUGUUUUUAAUUUGAACUAAAUUGUGUUGCUGUUGUGCACUAGUCUAAGGAAAGCCAAAGUUAUGCUAAAUAACCUAGCCAUUCUGCCUGAUUUUACAAAAAAAUGUAAAUAUCCUAGCAUAAAGCCAAAUAAAUCAGGGUACAGUGUACUAUACGUGUAGGUGCUUGAGCAACAGCAGGGGGUAUUUCGCAGACUACUGAACAGCCACCAAACUCCAAAUAAAUCUAUUGAGUAUAGUGAUCAAGGUUAGGAAACUGAAAAUCAGAUGAGUUUUGAAGUUCUGUAAAAUAUCCUUAAAUAGUUGAUUUACCAAGUUUACUUCAGAGUAAUUCAGCAUUCAUUGGCCAUUCAGCGUAAUGCAAAAUACCCCCACUAUCUCGCUGUUACUCAAAGACUGUUGCAGAAAGGGGAUGUUACAGAAUCGACCAAUAUCCCAGUGAUUCUGCUACAAAUAGUUAUGGUGAGUCUCAAGACUCAUCUUGUGAAAAAUCAUGAGUAAAAAAAAUACUUUGGCCUUUAUGUAUCCACCCAGUUAAUCUGAAGAUGGACUCCAAAACUCUGUAUUACAGUAUCCUGAAAUUAAGUUAGAGUCCUUCUAUUUUAAAGCACAACAAAGGCUAAAAGAAAUAUGCUUAGUUUAACAGCAGCCAUAAUAACUGCCAUAGAAAUCACACAAACAGGAUAUUCUACAAAAACACGUCUUCAGAUCAAUCAAUCUAUCUUUGCGUCCUACAAGACGCAUGCCAUGAUUUGUUAUGGGUCAGGGAUGCAAGAUGCAGAGGUAAAAAAAAUCACUGAUAUCCAGCCAUCUUGACCUGAUGCUUGGUCAAAAACGCAUAAUCAUCUUAUCUAAGCAGCACAAUUAAAGGUGCACUAAAUCAUCAAACUAAUAAUCGAUGCUUUGACUUCCAAUUAAACAUAACUUUUUAACUCAUUUUUUAUUUUCACUGGCAGCAAAGCAUUCUUAAGUGACGAAGAAAGUGAUGAAGAUGAAACAUCCGAGGUAAACACACAUAAAGAACUUCGCAACUGUGAAAGACAUAGUUUAUUAAUUUUUGCAGUGGUAACCGUACCUUACAUGUACAAACAAUAACAUUUGCUUAACUUAUAAUUUGUGGAUUUUUUCAUGUCACAGGGCAGGGCAUCUCCUACCUUUGUAGAAGAACAAAAGCUCCUCAAGGAAAGGUUGUAAUGUUAUUCCUCAGAUGUUGCCCUUGUUAUGGUGAUAUUUAAUAUAUAAGUAUUGGGGCUUUUAUGGAAGAAGAGGAAUGGUUUCAAACAGUUUCUAAUAAACAUUUGAUUCAAAUUUGAUUUCAGUUUCAAAAAAGCCAUUCAAACCAAUGAUGAUGAUGAUGAUGAUGAUGAUGAUGAUGCUUUCCUGAAGGUCAGGGAAAAAACUUCAGAGGAAAAGGUAAAAAUUCUCGUUGCAUAUAUAGCAUGUGAAAUCUUUUGCCUUGUUCUCGCCAAAUUGGCUGAGCCUCCGCACUGUCUUUUUAGAGAUGUCAACCUCUGGAGGUCCAAAAUCUGGAGACUCUGUUCUGCAUUAGCCCCUCCAAUAUCAGUGACCACCUCCCUUUCUCCCUCCCCUCCCCGAUGACAAGUAUAAAUCAACCCAUUCUGCAAAUUGUAACAUGGGAGUUGCUUACAUUGUGGGUCAUUACUGAUGUCUUACAUGUACAUGAAAUACAGAGCAUCAAAAUUUGCUAUUGUAAUAUUAUUGUAAUUAUGAAAUAAUCUUUGUUAGUGAUGAAAUAAGUGAAAAAAUACCCCAAAAACUGUAAAAAAAUUCGAAUUUUUGGGGAAAAUGGGUAAAUUCCAAACCCAAGCACAGAAAAGUUUCAAAAGUGGAUUUUGUCUGGAGCUGAUUUGGUUACCCUUGCUGGAGAGGGAAGAUUGGUGCUCUAUAUUUAUCAGGGAGAGUUGGCGCGUGUAUUCAAAGUUUUACCUUUCUUGAUGUUAUAGAUAAUCCUAAAAUAAAUUAUAGUAAGUUACAUCUUUCAAAUUUUGAGCAGCACUAGCUGGUUAUGAAAUAUUUGUCAGUAAUAUUCUUGUAAUAUUCUAGCCAGUCAGAAAUGGAAAAGUAUGGUAUAUUGUUUUGAAUGAAUAAAAAUGCCUUUUAUAGAUGCAGGAGGAGAGAGCUUAUGUGGAAUGGCUGAGGGGACAAGAAGAGAAAAAAGACACAAAACCAGCUGUUCAAUUGGUGAGUAAAAAAACACCUGUUGGUUAUACCUCAUUGUGAUCCGCCUUUUUUGUGGGGAGGAGGUUGGGGUUGGGAGUGAAACAUUGGCUGACAGGUUGGAGGGUGGGGUGGGGGCAGGGACAGACAGAUGGACCUAUUUUUCACUGUUCUUUCUCUACCUUUUCUACACUUCACACCCAAAAAAUGUGAGAUUACAAUUAUGGCUUAAAGGAGCUACAGUGUACCUGCCUACAACAGGCAUCUAAAUAAAAGCUACAGUUAUUAAAAAAAAAACAUGUAUCGCAAUGAAGAUGUUGUCAUCAUUUGAAUUUUUCCUCUUUUUUCUGACUCUUCUUUUCCUUUGCUUUAUUGUCAUGUUAGGAAGCACUGAGGAGAUACUGGACUGAUCCCAGUUUAGAUGAAGGAGAGCAAUUUUUGAGGGAUUAUAUUCUUGACAGAAACUACAUUGACAAGGAUUCAGAAAGGUAUACAGUAACUAAAUUUUACUAUUUUUCUUUUUUGUUCAUACCAGUAAUCCAACAUGGCUCUUGAUCUUCUAGAUAGGGGAGAGAAACUCAGUUGCUUUUUUCUUGAAUUGCAGGUGCAGGUACAAAUGGUAGCAGCUGGGGUUUUCGACUUAAGGCGUUAGGCUUUGGUUUAUGUUAAGGGACCUUAAGUCACAUAGACACGUGCGAUAAAAGCCUUCGAAUUGUUUUUGUCACAAGUCUGCUCAUCUUAAAUAAAACCUGACACUUGCAGGUAGAUAGUGGACACUCUUACCCACGGUCAUACGAUACGACCUACUGUACAUGUACGUGUAAUCUUAAGGUGCUUUCUAAAAGUCAGAACUGGCUUUGCUAAAAAACCAUCUGCUUCAUACAUAGCAUUUCAGAGUUGACUGAUCUGGCUGGAUAGUUUUGAUUAAAAGUGAAAUUCUCAUUACCAUCAGUCUAUGGGAAUGGUCUGGCAGGUCAGUUCUGACAAAAUGGAAAGUGCCCUUAAUGAAGAUGCCUCAUGUGUGGCUAAACACGCGUAAAAUAUUACAGUUUUAUCGUCUCUUUUAAGUUGUAAAGUGAAGUACAGAUGUAAAGAUCAUUCAUCGUGAUUAAUGCUUCUUUUCGAUUUUGUUUGGUCCUUAGAAUUCCAACUUAUGAAGAGAUUGUUGCUGAUGAUGAAGAGGUACUUUUAGAAAGUCCCCCCCCCCCCCCCCCCCCCCGAAAAAACGCUCAAUCUUCUUUGACCUUGGCCGUCGUUUCAUUCUCAACUGUCAGGGGCACCCAACGAGAAUAUAGUUCAAAACCACUUAAACAUAGCAUUGUUAAACGUGUUUUAGUAUUUAAACGGUGGAUAUGGGCAUAUUUUUAUCCCCUAUAAAUUUUUUAUCUGUUCGGAGUUCCUAGCUGAAAGUCUAGUGAUCCGAAAAUUAUAGGGAUCAAAACUUACCUGUUCGAAAAUUUCAAUAGAAAAAGGCUUCCGAAAAUUCUAUGACCUUUUUACAUUAAAAAUCCGUUGAAAAUGGGCAAUUUUACCAUUUCUUAGAUGUUCGAAAAUCCUAGGAGAGGCAGGCAAGCAAGAAAUGAACAAAUGUUCCGAAAAUUCUAGAUCUCAAAUCGUCUUCCGAACAGAUAUUUUUCCGAAAAUUGUCUUUGGGUGCCCCUGAACUGUGGAUAACAUUGAAAUUCUUUACCCUAAAAAACCUUCAAUCUUAAAAAAUGACGUUAUGAAUAUUGAUUUUGGUUAGAUAAGAUGCUUUACUUCAUUGAUACACUGUAGCAAACCUGACCUGAUUAAAUCUUUUACCAAGUUUUUCAAAUGUAACUAGACAAGUCAAGAACAAAGCUAACUAAAAAACGAAACGAGUGCUUGCACUUAAUUUUUGGAUAACCAUAGUUUGCAAAGAUUGCUUCACUAUUCAAAGUUACUGAAGUUUGUCUUCAGGAUCUAGGAUAGAAUUCUUCGUGCGUCAUUCAUUUUAUUUUUGAUUCUCUAUAAUGAUUUCUAAUGCCAAACAAGGCUAAUGGGUUUUGUUCUAUUAUUUUCAAUAUAGGAUGAAUCAGAAGUCGAGAAACAGGAAGAAUUUGAACGAAAGUAUAAUUUCAGAUUUGAGGAACCAGAUGCAGAGUUUGUAAGUAAACGUAUACAUGUAAUUUCCGCCGCUGAACUCUAGUGUGGUCGAGGUAACUUUUUUCUUGUAUUGUUGCCGUAGAUUAAAACAUAUCCUCGAACCAUUCAAGGAUCAGUUCGGAAAACAGAUGACCGUCGGAAGGAGAAACGGAAGCAAAGAGAAUUGAACAAACAAAAGGUCAGUGAGAGUGACUUCACGAUGAAGUCGCGAAAUGAUAGUCUCCUGUACCCUAGCUUAGACUCAUGGCCUCAAGUUUUGAGGCAGACUAGUGAGUGAAAAUCCAUCAACACCGCUGGUUAGAGCGCCUUUUAAUACAAUCACUUAUGUUGCCAAGUUUAAAGGUGACACUUCUAAAGCGAGCGAAGAUAUUGCUCUACAAAGUCGCGAAAUUGUGUGGAAGUUUUAUAUGGUGGGGUGACCGGGUAUGAACUUGCUCCCACCGAAAUUAUUCUUAAACUUAGCGUUUCUACUGAUUUCAAGGUGUUCUUUGUAACGAUGUUGAUGGAUUUUCGCUAACUGUAUUCUUAUUUACUAUAGUUAUGUAGCUGGAAUUUUUUUCUCACUACAACUAUAGCUUCCGUUUUCAUUGGUUAAAUUUGACGUAGCAUCACCAUGCCCUCUGGCAAUAAAACUCUUUCCCGCCAAAAGUCUCUGAGCGGGCGCACAUUGCAAAAUCUAUGACGUCAGAGGUUAACGUGCACUGAACCCGCGAAUGUUGAUGACUGACUCAGUGGUGAACUGAAGUUGGAAGGCUGAGAAAACUCUCCUCUAAGGGGAGGGGGAAGGGGCUUCCCACGUCCCUACUGUAGACAGUUAAACCCUUAAAUGCCGAAAAUACUGUUGAAAUUUAGUCCUCCAGGUGGCGACUUAAGGCGCGUUAACUUGACCGUAUUCCGGAAUAAGAAUACAUGGAUUCAACCCUCAAAAUCACUUGUUUUGACUUUCUUUGCGUGGUAAAAUCCUGAAAUUUAUCGGGAAUUAAUAAUUAAGAUGAAUUUCUCACAACAAUGGCUUAAACAUUUACGAUGGUAGAGAUUUGUUAGAAAUUUCUGCGUAUCCGUCUUCUGGGAUACGAUUAAUCCAACGCAUCCUUAUUUUGUUUUCAGGCUCUCUGACAGGGGUAAAGGGAGGGGGGGGGGUGUAUUGAUACAGAGGGGACUUCUUUUUAACUUUUUAAUCAUUCUGCCCAAUGUAGGAGAAAGAACAAAAGCGCGAAGAACUUAAAAGGUUAAAAAACCUCAAGAGAAAAGAGAUCAUGGAGAAGCUGGAAAAACUGAAAGGUAAACUUACAUGUGGUAUCACAACUACUGAACUAAUUGAAGGAAAUUUUCUGAUGUUCUUCAUCAAGUAAUGCUGAUCGGUACAAGGUUUGUAAACAGAGUACAGUCAAACCUGCGUACAACGGCCCUGUAUAUGGAGGCCGCUCUGGGUAUAACGAUCACCUUGCUAUUUCCCACUGGUGACCGUUAUGUACAGCUUUGACUUUAGUUUUCUUGUCUAGCGGUUACCGAAUUUCUGCUGACGAAAACGAUAAACGCGUCUUUUGGUAACGACCAAGAGCUUUCGAAUUUACAAGUGUCACCAACAGUAAAGAUCAGAUCCCAAUGCUAAUAGGUUUCGUGACUUCUCAUAGACAGCUAGCACUUUAUUACACACACAAUUCUCACAGUCAGAUCACCACUGCCGCAACGUAAAUACCUAAAUUUCUCACCAAGGGCUCCCAAUUGACCUCGUACCUAAAUCGGUUAGCGCGCUUGGUCGUAGGCUCGAUUACCAGCCGCUGUUCGGGAAAUGAGCCCGCAAUCCUCCCUCGAAUAGACUCUUGUAGUUUCUCGGGGAGGACCGAGAGAGCUGCGGAAAUCGAGCCUAGCUUGGUCGGGAGUUCAGUCCUCGCCGGGGUCAAAAUCAUUUUCGUUGAUUCCUGGACUUUACGGACGUUACAAAUAUUAUUAAACCCAUACCACGCAAAUCCUGAUAUAACUCUGUUCAUGUUACUAGAAAUCACCGGUAAUCCCAAUGUGGGAUUUAACGAGGAAGACAUUGAAGGCGACUUCGACCCCAAGAAAUACGACGAGGCAAUGCAGGUAUCAAACAAUUACAAGCAUGAUAUUUUUCCUAUCAUAUCAUGCUUUACCUGUGGAACACGGAAAGCUUUGUUAUGCUUUUUAUAAAAAUGAAUAUUAUUAAAAACUUUUUACUGAUCAGUUAACGAACAUCCAUGAAAACGGCUGAAAUGAACGCCUUAAAGUGUCUGGUUUUUCCGCUAUUUUUGUCCACCAAUGAAUGUAUGAAAAAAAGGUUCCAGUUACAACAAACGGGGGGGCAUUAUUUGAGACCCAGGAGCAGUCUGUCAGGGAAGGAGGAUUUAAAACAGUGACAAGAGUAAGCGGGAUUAAAGUGUAUUUUAAAUCCUCCUCGCUUCUCACCCCCACCCCCGGCUCCGAUCCCAUCACCCGCCACCCGCACCUCCGCGGACUGUCACUGGCUCUCACUUGGAAGCAUGAGCAGAGAGAGAUGUCUCAGGUGAGUUAAAAGAUUGGAGGUGUCUGUGAGAGGUUCUUUUACUUCAGCGUUACCCUAAACCUAUGGGUCUCAAGUUGAGGGUGGGGAAAAGGGGGUGAUCGAAAGGGGGCUAGAAUUUUGAGCUUACUAGGCCCUCGCCACUCCCACCUUUCAGAUUUCUGCUAAUUUUGCUCAAGGUUCAAAUGUUCUUUUGUUAUCCUGUUAUAGAAAGCAUUCAAUCAGGAUUAUUACGAUGAAGGUGAAGAUGAAAAGCCAGUUUUUGAAGAUGACCUGGAUGAAGAGCUGGGUAUGUAGCCAAACUGUUUAUACAGACAUUUAUUACACUAAGUGGUAUUUUGCUUUUGCAAACAUCCAUCCUCUCCGGCUUAUCCUAACAUAAAAGGUGACACCGCAUAAUCCAUCAUGCUUACCCUAUAACCAACCCCUUGCUAUGUUUCAUUUUACAGAAAACUGGGAUGAAUGGCAAGGUGAUUACUACGAGCAAGAUGAACAACAAACAGAGGAAACAACUGGUAAAUUACGCUGCACUGCGUGUCUUUGUGGGGAAAACCUCUAUGAAAAAAUUUUACUAUUUUAUUCAUUCAUUUUUUCAUUCAGUUUUUCAUUUAUUUUUUCAUUCAUUUUUUCAUUUAUUUUUUCAUUCAUUUUUUCAUUCAUUUUUUCAUUCAUUUUUUCAUUCAUUCUUGUUUCAGAGCCUCACUGUGAAGAUCCAGGGUUUAAUGUAAGUUCUUAAGCGUCUGCUUGAUUGGCUAACCCCCUCAACCCCCCCCAGCAUAACCCAUUUUCUCCAACAAUUAUCUUUCUGUUUAAUUUAUCAGAUGGAUGCAGACUACAAUUACAAUGAAACCAAUGAACAGAGUGAAUUUGGUGGUAGAAAGAGGAAAGGAAAAUCAAGAUUUGCUUCCGCCGUUUCACAUAAGAAGCCAGUGUUUGAUCCAGGUCUGUUUGGCAUGGUCAUCAGUGGUAGUAAACUCUACCAAAACCUUACCCUGGGUGCCAGAGGCUUUUCAUGCGCGGUUUCCAGUUUCGGUCAAGUCUUAAAAAGUGACUUCGCCGCUCGUCUCUUCGGCCUUCGGCCGAAGACGUGUCGACGGCCGACUAAGCUCCUCGUCAAACGCGAGAAAAAACCUCUGGUACCCAGGGUACCAAAACCUAUUACUUGACAAAAUAUUUGGGAUUAAGUUGCUUCUCACCGAUUUGUUGUUUCGCCUAGUAGCGUUUCUAUAUAUCUAUUUAUAUAUAUAUGAUAUAUAUUUCUAUAUAUCGUUUCUAUAUUAUAUUCUAUAGUUUUUACCUUUUUAUCAACCAGUGCAGGCUCCCUCUUUCCGGUUCGUUCCCAGGCUGUCUCUUUCUCGUUUAGAGAGAGCCUGAAUACGAAUAUGCGAUCCUUUAUCGGUUAAACUUCGUUAAGUGGUUUGUACUAACCUGGCAUCGAGUGAUUUCAUUGUUGCUCUGUCAGAGAAAUUCAAGUCUUGAGGAUUCAUUUGGCAAUUCCCCAUAGACAAAUUUGACCGCACCCAUAUUGAAAACCGGCCACAAUGAAAAUUAGUCCCAAAAAACAAAUCUUAUUUUGCCAGAGUACAGUUAAAAUGACGUUAGAUUUGAGUAGUUCAGCAUUGUGGGUUUUAUAAUUCGUAGACGAAAACCCACGCGUUCUUCUUCAUCUCUUGGACAAGUCUAACAUCAAAGAUACUUAGUGCCGUGAUGUUUCUUCUUCUUUUCCUCUCCUUAGACGAGAAAACUUUUGAAGAAUAUUUUGAUGAAUAUUACAAAUUGGAUUAUGAAGAUAUCAUCGGAGACAUGCCCUGCAGAUUUAACUAUCGUCAAGUUGUACCAAACGACUUCGGACUCUCCACGGAAGAGGUAUAUAUCAGGAGCGUAGCGUCCACGUACGCUCAUACGCCCGUGCGUACAUUUACAGCUAAAAUAUGAGAAAAAAAUACAUUUUUUAUUCCCUGAAAAGGCAUUUUUUACCAUUAAAUCAGGAUGACUCAUACAUUUUUCGCACUGUAUUGGUGUCUUUGUGUCAGUUUUGUCCUUUUGUUAUUCCAUAAUUCUGAUGGCCUUUUUUUCCUGUAGACACUUACCUUACCGACAAUACUAGAGAUGGGUAAAAUCAACAAAUAACUACUGCAUUUUCCCGCAUAUUAAUUUACUGAAAAUGUCCUGCGGAAAACGCUGGAAGUGGCAUUUCAGACAUCCUUUAUUUAUCGCACCUAAACCUCUAAAAGGGAGGGAAGUUGGUAAGGGGGGGGGGUCUUAGUCAUUUCGGACAACUUUCAGUCUGACUGUCUUAGUGUUAAUAGAGUGAUGGUGUUCUAAAUUGUUCAUAAUCUUGAAUUUAACUAAUUUGUUUUUCCCUGAUCCAUUCCUUCAGAUAUUAACUUGUCCCGAUAGAGAAUUAAACCAGUGGGUUUCAGUGAAAAAGAUGUCCCAAUACAGGUGCGUUUGUUUAACACUGCUUUCCCAAUUAAGCAAAUUAGCGGGUCAAUAUUUGUGCUACUGUAGGGCUCUAACCAUCCCUUGUCUGUAGUUAUAUAUUGGGCUAGACAUAGUCGAGUCUUUUCGCAGGAAGGUAUCUGUAGUAUCUGGACUCGCGAAGUACAAAAAUUAUCGGACCCUUUUAUCUGCGGUUGUUUAUUUUACGAGAAUAUCUGACAAAGCAAUUUUUCUGGGGAACUGUAGCUGCUAUUAGGCCUAUUAGCGGCAGCACUGUAUAAACUCUGACGUCAUAGGGAAACAGGACAAUUUUACUGCUGGUGGCAUGGAAACCGUGCGAUUUUUUGUGACCUACACACUUCUCAAAGAUUUUUUUGUCAAACAAAACCCUGUUGUCUGAAUGAAUUCUUUUCGGAGUCUUCGCGGACUUGUAAAGACAAUAAUUCCAAAAUACGCGAAAGGCCUAUUUGCACGCAGUGUUACAAAGCAGAAAAAUGUGUUAGACAUUUCUUUCGAACUUGUGCGCUUCGUUUGCAAGUAAAAUGAUAUGUUGCUUUCCACGGUUAUUUUACUAACUACCUUUCCUUCCCUUCUCGGAAAGCAUAGAGCCUUCGCGAAACUUACGUUUGCUCGUUUCUAACAGACCUGAAAGUGAAGAAUACACAGACGUGAAGAAGUACCGCAAAAAAGGAAGAGACGUGACCAGAAAGAGAAGGAUUUUAACUUCACUGGCCGAAAAGGAUGGGUAUGUUAUGUCUAAAAAGCCUGCUAUUUUGCAGUAAAAUUGUAUAAUGUUUUUGUGUGUUCGACUCUUGUAGGCUAACAGUUAGACCGAAUAGGUUUUAUUCAGUUUUUUUUUUAUCAGUCGACCACAUACCUUUGAUCAUUCUUGAUCAUGCCCUUUCUUGGUGUUUGGAAUCUUUUUUCGCGUCUUUAACAUGUUACUUCUACGUUCACUUUUUGCAGAAAUAAUGAGGAAAAUUCACAAAAGAAUAAAUCGUCCGCGAAUAGUUUACCGGAAAAGACCAAAACAUCUGAAAACAAUCUUAACAGAAAUGACAAAACCGUUCACCAAAAUGAAAGCGGAAGUAGAUUCGAAAGGACCUUAAAUGCAGCGACAAAUGAACACAUAAAGAAAAGUGCAAGCCAGGCGAUUACAGAAGGGCAAUACUCAAAAGAAAUGAAAGAAUUCAAAAGUCCAAAGCUCAAACGAACUUUAGGAAAAAGGACGUUUAAUGGAAAGGAUAAGAGAAGAAAGAGACUCACUUUUAAGGAGAUGAAAGAACUUGCAGUCAAGAGACGAUUGCAAAGACAAUUUAGAGGAGCCAAAAAGGAACCGCUGGCUAAUCUGUCAGUGGUGCGGCUUGCUUCCUACGGACUUGAUAAGAGGAAAAAGAAGAAGAAAUCGUAGUUUAGUCGUUGUGACUGCUACGCUACGAUGAGCCAUGCAUUGUGGCUUCCCCUUUCCAUCCACUUCCGUUUCGCUGGAAGUCUCCCUCCUCUUUUAUUGAGGAGACUUUGUCGAUUUGCUGUGAUCUCCUGAUUCGAGGCCGUGAAUACGGCAUACCCUCUUCCUCCCUCACAACCUUGAUUAGUUAUCAUCCUCUACACGUACGUGUUCUGUGAAAUCAUCCUUGUUGAUAACUAACAACGUGUCGCCAAAUUUUAUUGUGAUUAAAAUCUACUGACAAUUCCGCCCUUUACUGUAAAAUCUCCCCCCCCCCCCCCCCCCGCCACCUAAACACGCCGCGCGCCUUCCCGCUCACACGAUCCAUCCCUUUUUGUUGCAUUAAUUUGUUGUAAUCUGGC